AUGUUGACUCCUAUCAACACCAACACUUCUUCGCCUGUCCGCCCCGGCCUUGAUAGCCCCACCCACAAACUCUGCCGUUCUGCCGAGACCAAGAAGCUCGAUGUCGAGCUUGCUGCCAAGGUCAAGUCCUUGAAGGACGGUGCCAAGACCAGGAAGGAGUCCAAGGGCCCCAUCCUCAAGCGCAAGAUGGCUUGUGCCACUUGCCGUCGACGAAAGGCAUCGGCCGAGGCUGCUGGUCACCCUUCGGCCGUGCCUCCCGGUCCUUGCAGCUACGACUGCGACUCGCACGACGAGCCCGUCCCCAACCGCUUCUUUGCCAACGGCUCGUUUCACUCGCUCACCUUCCACAGCCACCCUCGUAUGCCCAUGACUCCUGGAUUCGGGGUUCCUGGUCCAUACGACGGCCUCACCGGCGCUCCCAUGGUGGACAGCCUCAACUUCCUGCCACCCACCAGCCCUCACGGUGUUUGGGCUUACGGCGACUUCCCCAUGACCCCCUCGCGUGUCUCGGGUCCCGGCUGUUACCCAUCGUCUUGCCACAAUACGCCGCUGGUCACCACGCCUACGCGCCCCACGUUCCUCACCUCGACGCCGAUGCGCAGGAUCAUCAGCCCCAGCCUCGCCAUCAACUCGACACCCAUCCAGGAGCACGAUGUCUUCUACUCGCCACCAUCGCACGAGCAGUGGACCCCAUCGUCUGCCAUGAGCACCGACUCGGUCUACUACAGCCCCAUGGUGGCCUCGUUGUCCGAGGGCCUCGCCUCGGCCUCGGGACUCUCGUCAGCAGCUUCGACACCAUCGCUCGCGUCGACACGUGCCAUCCGAUCGCCGUUCCCCUUGAGUCAGGACCUCGGCACACCGCUCAGCAUGCCGCCCACCACGCCCAUCUCGGAAUCGUUCGACGUCAACUGCCUUGGACCUCCGAUGGUGCCGCGCGCCUCGCUGUCGCCACAGGAGCAGCAGAUGAAGUGCACCAACUUCCUGCAGUCGCUCGAGCCCAUGCCUUACAACUUGAUCGAUUUCACUGGCGCUGGCGCCAUCAAUGCGGACGCCAUGAACAUGAUGGCUGCUACGCCCAUGAUGAGCGUCGACUCGCUCGAGAUCAUGGCUGGCAACGAUCUUGGCCUCAUCAACGCCCCUGCUAUGGAUGGCAAGCUUCAAGACCCCUUUACGACGUUCUCGGGUCUCGAGAUGCCCGACGCUGUGCUCCUCGCCAACGCUGGAGCUGCUGACAUGUCGAGCAUGACGCUUACUUCGGCAAUGCCUGCCGACAUGUUCACCAGCGCCUCCACCACGCCCGUGGCACCGGACUGGGUUGUCUGA